UUGUCUUCAUAUUUAAUGCUUUUUAUUUUAAAAAAAGUGAACCAAACAAAUUUUGUUAAAGUAACUACGGAGUAUAUUGAUUAUUUCCAAUUGUUUUACCUUAUUACAAUUAAAAUGAUGUAUCUUUGUGUAACAUGGCUCUUUUUAUGGGAUAGAGCCAUGAAGUAUUAUUUUCUCAGUAAAAAUGUCUUGCAAAUGCAUCUUCCUUCAAUUUAGGGAACAAACAUGAAUACGUUCGGGACUUGAGGGAAAUAGUUGAGUAAAAUGGGUAGUUCAGAAUGGGUCCAAAUAUAGUUUUCUCUGUAAGUACAUUAUAUGAGGCCUGUAUGUUUAUUUUUAGCAUACCAAUGUCUUGUUUUGUUUUGAAACACGCGGGUACUUUGGUGGACUUGACAAGUUUCUACGCUCUUGCUAAAAAGAAGCUUCAGAACAACAGAAUGCAUUCAGGCUUAUCCUCUUUGAGGAAAGAGUUGCAGAACUUGAAUUUGCAUCUUCAUGUCAAGGAAUCUAGUAGAGCUGAUUCAUCCUCAAGUGCUGCUGGUGAUAGUUUGAUGCUAUCAUUUGUCAACAAUCAACAACCUUCUCCCAAAGUUGAAAGCACACAAGAUAAAAAGCCAGAUCAAACAAGUUCUCUUGGGAGAAGUGAGGGAAGCAAUGUCUGCGAAAGAGGUGGCACAGAAGCUUCUUCUAGAAUGGACAAACACCAAGAAGAAAAACUCCAAAGAUGCAAAUUUGUUCAUGACAUAUUGUUCUCUACUAUUCUGGAUGAUUUUUUAUGAGAGAACGGUGACACACUGUCAUCCAUGAAGCUGUCAGUCAUUUCUUCACAUAUGCUAAGCUGGGAUGAUGAUGAUGAUUAUGAUGGUGAUGGUGAUGGUGAUGGUUAUGAUGAUGAUGAUUUAAGCAAGAAGCAAACAUGGCGGGUGCGAACGCAUUGGAAUCUGACCAAGUGUGUAUAGAAGAAGUCACACACGUCCUGCGCUUCUGCAGCUCUGCUCUGUUUUUUUCACUCUUUAGAAUCUGAAUGAAGAUGUAAUGUAAUUCGCUACUGAGUAAGAAGUACUCUCUGUUAUAGGUCAUAAUUUGGACUAUAAACCAAAGACUUUUAUUGUUGGUAGAUGAAUAUUUGUAUUUUUUUAGAAAUUAAAAUAAUAAUUGAAUGUCCCCAAG